GUUGUCGUUGCUACAUACCUCCGGCUUCUCCGGAGCGAUCGCCGGUGGCCAGUGCACAGUUUAAGGUAGGGUGUGUGCUGUCAACUACAGUCAACAAGCCCUCCUUCCCACCACCACCAUGAUCACUCGUAUAUCCCGGCUCUAGAGAUGGACCUGGUCCAAUAACCCCUCGAGGUUUGUUGGCGGGCGUUAUCGCUCAGCGUCCAUCACCUCUCUUACACGCAAUCACAAUGGUUCUAAUCAGCAGCAAGAAGUAUGCAUGUGAAACUUGCAUAAAGGGUCACCGCUCGUCCGCCUGUAAACACACCGAUCGCCCGCUUUUUGAGAUCAAAAAGAAGGGUCGACCGGUAACACAGUGCGAGCACUGUAGAGAAUUACGCAAAACAAAGCAAGUCCACGUUAAAUGUAUCUGUGAAUCCAAAGAACCGCCCUCCCCUACUUCUUCAUGCUCCGCCCCCAAGAAAAAAGGCACCCCUGUCCUUCCUGCACACCCUGCCUUCCCUAACGGUGUGCCCGAUUUCGUCGUCGCAGCGUCGACAGGGUCUGCAUCUGAUUCCGAACAAGGGGGAUCGGCUCCUUCAGUGCCGGGUUGCAACUGUAAGGCAGGCACUGGUGAAGGCUGUCAGUGCUGCACGCCUCGCAAACGCCCCGGCCGGCGCCGGUCCUCCCCGGCGGCCCCAAGUCAUCUCACUCUCAGCGUUGCGCAAUCCCCCAACCCCACACUCCCAUCUCUGCACACUAGAGACAUCAUUAAGGCAUCCCCGCCCGCUACUCCCAGUCCCAUCCCGCCUCCCGCGCCGAACCCAGGUCACAGUCGGUCGGCAUCACAUCACAUCCUCGCGCGGAUCGCCGAGUUGCGACCAGUCUUGCCAAGGAUGUCUGCCCGUGAUGCGGCACUCCAAGCACAGGGAGGUGGCCAGCACGACCUCUUUCACGGUCAUGGGCAUAGUCAUGGGCACGGCGAGCACUUUUCUCCAUAUGGAAGGGCCUACGAGCAUGCCUUCAACUCUGCAGAGAGCAGCGCGGCCGGCAGCAGCUUCUAUCGGCUCCAAGAUGCUGCUCAGAGCAAUGAAUCCUUGAUGAGCUCAGGAUCACACUUGAGCGUGAGCUCGCAUCCUCGGACCCGCAGCCCGCUCGAGACCGGCGGUAGAAGUCCCACUUUCAAGAAUCCGAAAGCACCUCGCCGCGCGUCAUUCGAUGUGCAUGGCAGCUAUAAGCAUUUUGGCGCUGCGCACGAAAGGGAACAGAAUGCUUCUGCUGACAAUGUGUGGCAAAUUCCCCCCAGCCUGUCAAGGACUAAUGCUCCAUAUCCCCGUUCCGAAGGUGCCGUGCCAUCGUACGAGGACUAUGCGCUUUCGGAUGCAUCGGGUGGCUUUCCGUCCUCGGCGGAGUUAAUCCAGACUUGUACAUGCGGGGACGGUUGUGCCUGCCCCGGCUGUGAAGUCCACCCUCAAUCAGCGACCUCGGAUGCGACAGAACACCGAUGUGCCGAUGCGUCGUGUGCUGGCUCCUGUCUCAACUGCACGCUGAUGGCCAUGCCGGACUUUUCUUCCCACUUUGGGCUGGGCGGUGAUUCGCCCAUGCCGCUGUCCUUCGAAAACAACGGGACGACGUUUCUAGACGAGGAAGCCAUGCGGCUAGGAUUAGACGGGAUCGAUAAUGCUACCGAUCUGGGCUUGCUCGCUACGCUCAACGAUCCGUUGUCCAGCUCCCUUUCGUCCUACGGUCAGAUAGAUGAGUGGAUUCGGGAAGUGGAAGCAUUGCCAAUCGGGCCAUUAGCUUACCCUGGCGUCGCUGGCGUCCCUCCUUUCGAGGGCCUGGACUUCGGAGCAGAGGUAGCUGUGCAGAUGUUCGAUGCAGAGAGGGGACAGGACCAAGUGAUGCAUGGAUUGUCUGGGUCUGCGGUCACCGACUCUCACGCACCCAGCUCUUUUCUGGCCGUCCCAGGGCCGGACUCGCACCACCGUAGCCGGAGCUCGAGUUCGUCAUCAUCCGAGAUGUCUUCUGGGGUCUUCGCCGUCGAGGGACUCAAUCUCGAUCGCCGGGAAAUUCCUUCGCCGAUCCCUUCGCCCAUCGACAUGGCCUCGUCGCCCAACUUUAAACUGGACGAGGCCAUGUUCUCGUUGCCCACACCGUCGAUGUUCCUGGCUUACGCGGACGACUCCAUGUUCUUCUGAUUCACGGCAUACAAAAUAAUUUUACGAGGACGCAUGACAUGUCUAAUACUCAUGAGCCUAUCUUAUCCUCAUUGUACCAUCACCAUACCAUCCAUCUACUUGCACUUACUUUCAGUUCUCAGCUGUGUUAUUCCCUCAUUCUUAGCUAAGUAGUAGUACGAGUUGACAAGGUUCUUUUUUAGCAGGGGUCGGCGCUGAAACAUGGCCAGAGAGCGGCGGGAGUCUUGCAAAGCAUCUUGUUCGCUUCUGCUCGCUCUUGAUCUCGUAAUAAGUAUGUUGCAGCGUCGGAGUGCGGAGACCGUAUCGCCCCCGUGCUUCGCUUGGCACAGUGAUGUAGAUCAACCACUUCAGGCCUCACUUUACCGAGCUCUCAAACUAGUAGACUACUGGAGCAUAGCUCAAAGCCCUCCAAGUCCCGGAAACCUGCGCAGCUACUUACCACAUACGUGACUAGACCGAAGUGGUGCACACGUGACCGCGUUUGGCGGAGUUAUACCCGAUCGAUCGUUUUGGAAACACCACGCGCGCCGAUUGUAACAAGGAGAUCGAUUUCAUGCUGGUAGUGCAGUAAGAGCUCCUCAGUGCCCAGAGACGGCCAGGAGGACGUUCAUUGUAGUCAGGGCAUUGACAGUUCAAGGAUCACAAUAUCAGUCUGCAAGCGAUGCGAUAAUUGCGCAGCCACUUUGUCCUUUUUUUGAGGACCCUGUACUUAUCGCCGCCCCUCACCCCACGGUGAUCGCGCUCCCGGAGUAUAAUGAACCCAGUAACAACUCCCCGCGUAAGUUGCCUCCGUUCCUUCAGACAACCGCCACUCUCUUCUUCGAGGUAUGGACUCUGACGACGACACCUUGCAGCGCUCGGACACGUUCACUCACCGUGGCUUUGCUGUAGCUCCCGAUCCGUGCGUCCUGCCCCCUCGUUCUCUGCGCCGUAUGCGACAGCGACUAAGAGAGCCACAGCCUUGCGGGUCGUCGUCGUCCAGGAGCGUCCGCUCUCAAUGCACUCCUUGCUACCGCGCUCUUCAGGUGCUGGCACAUCUUGUUGGCGUUUGGAGCAUGGGCCACGCUCAUUACUGUAUUGGACCACCACAAAUUCAAAGUCCGGGUCUCGGUGACUUUGCUCACUGUGGUCGGUACCGUUCUUGGUUUCAUUAUUUCGUACCGGACAACAACGGCUUUCGAGCGCUACAAUGAGGGACGACGGCUGUGGUCUCAGAUCAUCCUUGCGAGCCGGACUUUUGCGCGCACAACGUGGUUCCAUGUCCCUGACAUUCCAGUCAGCGCAACCGUCACCGCGGAGCAGUCGAAGGCGCGCAGCAUGAUCGAGAAGAAGACGGCCGUCAACCUGCUUGAAGCCUUCGGCGUCGCUGUGAAACACUAUCUGCGCGGCGAGGACGGGAUCUACUAUCAGGACCUGUACUACCUCGUCAAGUUCUUGCCCGCCUACGCGCUUCCUCCUGGUAUCCCCGCGAACGCCGACCUGUCUAAUUCUGACGUUCGGGACUCGCUGUCGUACCACGGUGCGGGCGGCGGCCUGUCGCCUACUUCAGCUCGGCAUCCGUCCGACGCCUCGUCGAGACGUCGCCCAUCCACGGCGAAGGAAGGCAACCCCGGGUCAUUCUUGUACCAGCGCUCGGCGCCCAGCACGUCGGCUCCGCAUCUUCCGAUGCCUGCCACUACGCCAGGCCACGUCAAGAUCGAAGCCGAUGGAGCUCACCGCCCGCCCCCUCUGACCAUCUCUCCGCCCACGGCGCUGAACUCGCCGGUGGACAACAAAAACAGCAUGGAACUGCCCAGUGCCCAGUCGAUCCGCUCUCCGAGGCCCAACGAGUCGCAAAAGGUUGUCCUUGCGCGCCAGGAUGAAGGGUUACUGCUCCCCGGCAAACUGCCUCCGAGAUACCAUCUCUUCGAUAUCUUCCCCUUCUCGUUGCUCGUGCGAAGGCUGACCAAUCGCGGACACGAAGUGAAGGGGAAGAAGGCAGCGCGUCUCCGGGCCAAAAUGCUGCGGGAAAAGGAUGGAGAAGGCUCUGGCACCCACAACUUGCCACUAGAGAUCACACUUUAUCUCGUGCGGUUUGCUCGACUGCGUGCGACGAUCGGAAGCUGAUGUUUCUCAGAGCUCUUACAUCGCUGCUUUGCAAAACCGGAAACAGACUGAUGUGCCGACCACUAACACUUUGCUCGCGGCCCUCAACCAGCUGGUCGAUGCGCUGACUGGGCUGGAACGUAUCUUGACCACUCCCAUUCCUUUCUCGUACUCUUUCCACCUGUGGGCCGUUGCGACUAUCUAUAUUCUUGCCAUUCCUAGCCAGAUCGUCUCUGCUUUCGGAUGGGUUACGAUCCCUGCCACUGUCAUCUUGUCCUUCAUUUUCUUUGGCUUUAUCGUUGCCGGAGAAGAAAUCGAAAACCCUUUCGGAUACGACAAGAACGAUCUCAACCUGGACCACUUCACCAACAGCGUUAUUCGUUACGAGCUGCGGGCCAUCACUAGCGCACCCCCGCCGGACCCGUCCCGAUGGGCCUUCUCUGCAGAAAACGACAUGCUCUUUGUGUCUGACGUCGAGAAAGAUGAGCGUGUUACCCCUGAGGAGUGGGUCCGUCGUGGCAACCAUGACAUCCUUGUCGCACUCGAUGGAUCGGGGCGCUCAUAGAUUUACACUGCACUACUUGCAUUUCGUUUACUGGGAGGGAUGGAUUUACUCGGACGCUAGUUUUUGCUUUGCUUUUAGCUAUGUAGCCAGUCUGACUCGUUUCAAUCUGAGGACAGUCAGAGUCACAGUCACGGGACAGGAUCACAACUGCACUUGAGCGCGUCUGCCACCUCGAUCCCUCGUUGUCGUCCCACCUUCGCGUUUUUCACUCCGAAACAUGUCUAUCGUAACCAUACGAGUCUGUUUUCUUCUGCGAGGCCUUUCUCCACUCAUUUACACGUCGUUAGAACGUUGAUUUCAUCAACAACCCCGCAAAAUUUUCGGACUCGUACAGAUUUCGUGUUACAUUCGAGUGUAUCGCCCCGCUGGAGGAUGACUUGGAGUGGAAGCUCAUCUACGUCUCUUCGCCGGGGAACGAAGAACUCGACCAGGAGCUGGACGACUGUCUCGUCGGUCCUGUCCCAGUCGGCGUCAACUCGUUUGAAUUCGAAGGCACGCCGCCCGAUCCAUCGAAGAUCCCCAAAGAAGACGUGCUGGGUGUCGCCGCGCUCAUCCUCACGGGAUCGUACAGAGACCAGGAGUUCGUGCGGGUUGGAUACUACCAGAACACGGAGUACGACAACGAGGAGAUGAAGGAGACUCCCCCGCAGAAUAUUCUGUUCAACCGGCUUCUAAGGGAUAUCAGUACCAAGCCGCGGGUGACGAGGUUCCAAAUUAAAUGGGAUGUCUCCGCAACGGCACAGACUAUGACUACCGCUGGGGCCGCUACCUCUGCGGUUGUGCCUUCUGCGAACGAUCUAGAGGGGAAUGUGGAUAUGCCCACAGCCAAGUGACGACAACCUGUAUCCGCUUUGUGUAUUUCUAGUUGGCUCACUAUCUAUGGGGUGCUUCCAUUUCUGCAAACACGUCUGAUUAUCGGGAAUCGAACUGGAUUGAGCAUAUGCGACCAGGUCUCUACAUGACACCCAAACCAGCCUUAAGCUCGCUGGCAAGAUCAUCCAUGCCCUCGAGACCAGCUGGGGGCUUCCAAUCCUUGCCCUCGGCCAAGCAUCUCGAACAUUGGCACACGAAACCCCACGCCUCGAGCGCACUGCGUCGUUCUGCGUAGCUUCCAGCCGGAUUGACGUAGGUGAUGAACAAUUCUUGGCCGGGUUCGAUGUCUGUUGAGGCCCUGACUGUGAUGCGGGACAGUGCUUUCCGCUGGUCCAGAUGUCGCACAGAGACAUUCGGUGAACAUGAGUGAUUCAUGUGAGCGUGCAGGGUGUACAGGCCACCGUGCGCUUCCAAGU